AUGGAUCGAAAAUGGGGUGCGGAGGACCCAUAUGUAUUGGCCAGUCAGGCUAACCAGGUGUUUUACAUUGCCGAUAUUAAGAAUGGUGGUGCAUGGCAUAUUGUCCACAAGGUAUGUCCCAGAAGUUUGUACGAUGUCCCCGAGAAGGAGGCAGCAAUACAUGGGGAUCCAUUGUCUGAAAAUCAGCCAUACCAACAGGAUGUGGAUCUUUCGGACUUUCAUGUUAGUGAAAGUGAGUUACCGGAUUUGAGUCGUGAUGACGAGGCACCAACAAUUGUUACUGAGACAGUGAUACGAUCAUUUGAUAGACGAUCAGCAUCGGUAGAAGCAAGCGAUGAUGACAUCGACGACGACAUAUUGGAUGACCAUCAUUUGAACAGUAAUGAUGUUGAACACCAAGAUGGGUCUGAUCCAUCGUUCAGUGACCAGGAAGAAGAAGGAUAA